AACGGGCACACUGUCCAACAGCUGUUUCUAACACGCAGUUGCCUGUGUUUUUCCGUUCUCUUCGAAUUUCACAACAAUUGUUCAAUAAAUUGAUUUAUUUACUUGACAAAUACUUCUUAAAUAUGUCCUUGGUGCGAAACUCCUCCCGGUUGCUGCGUUCGCAGUUGAAGCGCGUGCAGAGUGUCCCGGUGGCAUUGUAUCAUGAAAAUGUCGUUGAACACUACGAAAACCCGCGCAACGUGGGGUCUCUGGACAAGAAGGAUGCUACAGUGGGUACCGGCCUGGUCGGAGCUCCCGCCUGCGGCGAUGUGAUGAAACUGCAGAUCAAGGUGGACGAGAACGGCAAGAUAAUAGACGCCAAGUUCAAGACCUUUGGCUGCGGAUCGGCCAUUGCCAGCAGCUCCCUGGCCACCGAGUGGGUUAAGGGAAAGUCCAUCGACGAGGCCGGAAAGCUGAAGAACACGGACAUCGCCAAGGAGCUCCGUCUGCCGCCCGUCAAGCUGCACUGCUCCAUGCUGGCCGAGGAUGCCAUCAAGGCGGCCCUGGCUGACUACAAGGUCAAGCAGCAGAAGAAGGUGGCCAACUGAGGCGCGGAACGGAAUCUGUGAAUGUAGUGGAGCGUAUCUCUGAACAACUACUAAAAACAACUAUAAGUACUCUACCAUACAAUACAAUACAAUACCACAUACUAUAUAUUACUUGGCAUUAGGUCGUAGUAUGCGAUUAUUGUUCGCUAGAGCUCUGUGAGUGAUUAGCCGCGUGACUGCUGAUAAGUGCAUAGGAGUUUAGAAAACGAUUUCAUUGAUACUAAAGGAUAGCUGGAACUGAUCUUGUAUGAAUGCAUAUGCACGUGUGUAUUUUAAAGGGGAAUUCUAAGUAAUCCCGAGAGCUAAUUAAAUUUUUUGUUCUGUUAUGCGAAAUACAAGCUUGCUUCGAAAACAAAUAAAACGUUCCCGUUGGAAUAAAAAAUA